AUGACUUCCGCAGCAGCUUCUGGCUACAAGAACGUUGCGUACUUUGUCAAUUGGGAUCUUCCAGGCCAGGAGCUUACUCAUGUGCUUUAUGCCUUUGCCAAUGUUCGACCUGAAACUGGUGAGGUCUAUCUGACCGACACUUGGUCGGACACUGACAAGCACUACUCGACCGAUUCUUGGAACGAUGUUGGCACCAACGUCUACGGAUGCGCAAAACAACUAUUUCUCCAGAAGAAGAAGAACCGCAAGUUGAAGGUUCUGCUUUCCAUUGGAGGCUGGACUUACUCGGCCAACUUUGCGCAACCAGCUUCGACAGAAGCAGGCCGUGCCAAGUUUGCAAGCAGUGCCGUUGCCCUUCUCCAGGAUCUCGGCUUUGAUGGCCUUGACAUCGACUGGGAAUACCCAGCCAACGAAGCCCAAGCAAACGACAUGGUGUCUCUCCUCGCCGCCACCCGCAAAGCUCUCGACGCCUACUCCGCCGCCCACGCCCCAAACCAACACCUUCUCCUAACCGUCGCCUCCCCCGCCGGUGCCAAAAACUACAACAUCAUGAAGCUCGGCGCCAUGGACAAGUACCUCGAUUUCUGGAACCUCAUGGCCUACGACUACGCCGGAUCCUGGGACGCCAACGCAGGCCAUCAAGCCAACUUCAACCCCUCUGGCAAUAACGCCAUCUCCACGCCCUUCAACACGCAGCAAGCCCUCAAAGACUACGCCGCCGCUGGCGUCCCGCUCAAUAAAAUCGUCCUCGGUAUGCCCCUUUACGGCCGCGCCUUCGCCAACACUGACGGCCCUGGCAAACCCUUCUCUGGUGUUGGCCAGGGCACGUGGGAAGCGGGCGUGUACGACUACAAGACGCUCCCCCAGGCCGGCGCUUCCGUAACGAACGAUUUGGACCUCGGGGCCAGCUGGAGCUACGACCAGGGCCAGCGGCUGAUGAUCAGCUACGACACGCCGCAGGUGAUUCAGAAGAAGAGCGAGUUGGUGAAGAGCAUGGGACUGGGCGGCGGGAUGUGGUGGGAGAGCAGCAGUGAUAAGAAGGGGAGUGAUAGUUUGAUUUCGACUUUUGUCAAUGCUGUUGGUGGCACGGGCGCGUUGGAUCAGAGCCAGAAUUUGCUGAGCUUCCCGUCGAGCAAGUAUGAUAACUUGAAGGCGGGAUUCCCCAACGAGUGAGGGGUAGGUGGGAGAGUCUUGGGCACCUUUUUUCGCCCGCUUUCUUGAACAUACUUUUGGUGCGAAAGUUGUCUCAUAUGUCAAUCGUCGGUCGCUUUGGAGAGCAGAAGACGAGGAGUUUUCUUUAGAUGUCACUGUCGCUUCAUAUAUGGUUGGGGAUGUAGGUACCGGUUUCAAAUAUACUCAUGAUUUACUA